CAAGACGGGACGAUAGAAAAUGUCACCGUAUCGCAUCUGGACUUUAGUGGUAAAGAAGGUGAACGUUGGCCAUCCAAAAAGCCGAAAGACUCGAAUUUGCUGCGGGGUGAAGGUGCAGUUGCAUCGGAAACCCAGUCUAGAAGUGAUUAUACGGCAAAAAAAGCGGAACGGUACGAUGCUGUGAAACCAGGCGCUUCAGACAUUUGGAAGCCUGAAGGUAAGCUGCAAGGGGAAAGUGUUACUCAUCUGGAAUUCACCACUGUUCGAGGCGAUAGGUACGAUGUGAAAAAGCCAACAGAUUCGGACAUCUUGCAUGGCGAUGGGGCAUUCGUUGCCGAAACAGAGAAAAGUGCUGCUUACGGAGCAAAAACUGGAGAGCGGUGUGAUAUUGUGAGACCGGACACAUCUGAUAUUUGGAAGCCUGAAGGGCGUUUGGAGAGUCAUACAGUACCACAUCAGGAUUUCUGUGCCAAAAAAGGCUGGAAAAUUGGGAAAAAAAUGAAUUGUGAUGAAUAUCACAAGUCAAAUACCCUUCUUUUGACAACAAAGCCGAAGGAUUGCGAUCUUCUUCGGUCCGACGGUUUGUUCAGAGGCCAGAUACAGACUGAUGCUGACUACUCGGUCAAAAAGGGCGAAAGAUAUGACGCUGUUCGCCCCGGAUUCUCUGAGAUUUGGGAGGUUCGCAUUUUAUGA